ACAUCUUUGCAUUAUGUUUAUAUUUUGUAGAUAGUUUGAAAGGUUUGUUUACAUGUGGUAGUCACGUGUAUUUGUUAAUUGAAUUUUUGUUUAAAGAUGCAGCAGAUAAAGAGUUUUUCCGAUUUAAAAUUAAAUAGCUGGAUUUGCCGUCAGUGUGAAAGCGUUGGUGUUAAAACACCAACACCAAUUCAAGCUAACUGUAUCCCACAUAUACUUUCUGGCAAGGACUGUAUAGGAUGUGCGAAAACUGGAAGUGGCAAGACAUUAGCAUUCGCUCUUCCAAUUUUGCAAAAGCUUUGUGAGGAUCCUUAUGGUAUAUUUGCACUUGUCUUAACACCAACAAGAGAACUUGCAUUUCAGAUUGCAGACCAGUUUGCUGUCAUUGGAAAGGCAAUAAGUUUAAAGCAUUCUGUGAUUGUGGGUGGUAUGGACAUGAUGAUACAAGGACAGGAGCUUGAUCGAAAACCACACAUAGUUGUUGCAACUCCUGGAAGACUUGCAGAUCAUUUGGAAAGUGGGAACAAUACAUCAUUUAAGAAGAUACAAUUUCUGGUGUUAGAUGAAGCAGAUAGACUACUGGGUGGACAAUUUGACGAGCAGAUGCGGACUAUUUUUUCUGCUCUCCCGAGGAAAAAGCAGACACUUUUCUUCAGUGCUACCAUGACAGAUACAUUGGAAGAAGUUAGAGCUGUUACUGCAAAUGAGGUAUUUAUGUGGGAGGAUAAGACUGAAGUUGCUACUGUUGAUCAACUAGAACAGUUCUAUGUUCUUUGCCCACAUGAUGUACGAGAUGGGUACUUGGUCGAAACAAUUCGAACUUUCAGACGACAUCAUGAAAAAGGCUCUGUAAUUAUUUUCACUGAUACGUGCAAGAAUUGUCAGUUGUUGUCGAUGACGCUAAAUGAAGUUGGAUUUGAAAAUGUUUCAUUACAUUCCAUGACGCAGCAAAGACUACGACUGGCAGCACUUGCAAAAUUCAAGAGCAAUGUUGUUAGAAUUUUAAUUGCCACUGAUGUAGCUAGCAGAGGUCUUGAUAUACCAGCUGUAGAGCUGGUUAUUAACCACACUCUGCCUAACAUUCCAAAAGAUUAUAUCCAUCGUGUUGGCCGAACUGCUCGUGCAGGUCGCUUUGGUGUAGGAAUAUCUUUGGUUUCACCAUAUGACAUUCACCUUGUUCAUGCAAUUGAAAAUGCAAUCAACACAAAGCUGAAACAAUAUGAUGUAGACGAUAAAGAAGUUGCAAAGAUAUUCACACAGGUGUCCGUCACUAAGAGAGAAGCAGAGAUCAAGCUUGAUGAAACAGACUUUUAUGAGAGAAAAAUGAUUAACAAAAGAAAGAAGCUAAUCCUCGAGGGGAAAGAUCCAGAUGAAGAAGAAGUGAAAAGGAGAAAGAUGCUUAAAAGAAAGAGAAGAAAGGAGAAAUUGAGUAAGAACUUCAAGAAGAGGGAACAUGUCAGUUGACUUUCUCACCUUCAUUUCAGCUUUGUAUGUAUCCAGCAGUUGUUGACUAAUGUACAGUGAGAAAGGCAAUUAUAAAUUUGUAGAUAAAGAAUGUUUAUUUUUGUAAUUAAAUGAAGCAAACAGCUUUUA